CACUUCAUAUACAAUACACACAUCUAUGAUAAAAACCCAUCAAAGAAUUCACCACCCUUUUUCUUCUCCUCCUCCUCCUAUUUCUCACCCUUUUUCUAGAGAGAGGGAGGUAGAUAGAUAGUUAGAGAGACCACAGAACUAGAAAAAAAAUUUAUAAAAAGAGAGGGAGAAACUAAUAGAUAUGUUGGGGGACUCAGCAGUGUUGGGAACAGGAGGAGGAGGCUCUGGUGAUGCAGUGGCAGCACCACCGGUUGUUGGUGGUGGUGCUGCUGCAUCAGGAGGAGCACAUGAAGGAGGUGCCAACGGCGGCGGCGGAUCAAAUUCAGGGGAUGAUAGAGUUGAGGAAGGUGACAAGAGCUUUGGUGGGAACAGGUGGCCAAGACAAGAGACUUUGGCUUUGUUGAAGAUACGGUCGGAUAUGGACGUGGCUUUUAGAGACGCAAGUGUAAAGGGUCCCUUGUGGGAAGAGGUUUCUAGGAAACUGGCAGAGCUUGGCUACCACAGAAAUGCCAAGAAGUGCAAAGAGAAGUUUGAGAACGUUUACAAGUACCACAAGAGAACCAAAGAAGGUCGAAGUGGGAAAUCAGAAGGCAAAACUUAUCGCUUCUUUGAUCAAUUACAAGCCCUUGAAAACAACCCUUCAAUCCAUGCUAUGCAAUCCCCAACACCAACACCUUCAAAGCCACCACAAACAACAGCACUACUUGCAACACCAGUGUCAAUAGUGGUAACAACAACUACUACACCAUCAACAUUAGUGUCUAAUAAUGCCACUGUUCCAUCCACAAAUACACCCCCUUUGCCUCAAGCCAUUCUCAACAUAACACCACCAUCAACACUAAACAUCACAACCCCUUCUUUUCCAUCAUCAAACCCUACAACAUACUUCCCAACACAAACACCAAACCCUACAACCAACAACAACCCUCCAAACACCAUCACCCCAGCUUCCUUCCCCAACUUCUCCGCAGAUCUCUUGUCGAAUUCGAGUUUUUCAUCGACUUCGUCGGAGGAAACAACGACGAUGGGGGGAGGGGGAAUGAGGCGCAAGAGGAAGAGGAAGUGGAAGGACUUCUUUGAGAGGCUGAUGAAGGAGGUGAUAGAGAAGCAGGAGGGGCUGCAAAGGAGGUUCUUGGAGGCCAUUGAGAAAAGAGAACAAGAGCGUGUGGUGAGAGAGGAAGCGUGGAGAAUGCAAGAGAUGCAAAGGAUCAACAGGGAAAGGGAGAUUCUAGCACAGGAGAGGUCCAUUGCUGCAGCAAAAGAUGCUGCUGUUAUGACAUUUUUGCAAAAGAUAGCCGAACAUCAGCAACAAGAAAUCAAUCUUGAGCCAGCAUUGAAUAACAACAACAACAGCAUCACUGUCGUUCCACAGCAACCAGUGCCACAAACAACUACAACACCAACACCAACACCACAACAAGCACAAACAACAAUAGUUCCUGAGGCCCCACAACCACAACAACAAAUAGUGGUGAGUAAUGUUGAAAACAAUAAAGCUGACAAUAACGGUGAGAAUUUGACGAUGGGAGCGAGCUCUUCAAGGUGGCCAAAAAUGGAGGUACAGGCACUGAUAAACCUAAGAACAAGCCUGGAAACAAAGUACCAGGAAAAUGGACCAAAAGGGCCACUGUGGGAGGAGAUCUCAGCGUUGAUGAGGAAAAUGGGGUACAACCGGAAUGCCAAAAGGUGCAAAGAGAAGUGGGAGAACAUCAACAAGUACUUCAAGAAGGUCAAGGAAAGCAGCAAGAAGAGGCCAGAAGAUUCCAAGACUUGUCCCUAUUUUCACCAGUUGGAGGCUCUAUACAGGGAGAAGAACAAGAGAGAGGGGCAGAUGAAGCCGGAUAGCAUGAUGGCGCCGCUCAUGGUGCAGCCUGAGCAACAAUGGCCUCCUCAAACGCACGUGGUGCCGCCAGAAGUGACCAUGGGAGACGCCCAGAAUGACCCCAUGGACCGGCGGCACGAGGAAGUUGAGGAGGACGAAGCCGACAAGGAAAUUGGAGAUGAAGACGAGGACGAGGACGACGAAGGAAGUGAUAAUUAUGAGAUAGUAGCUAGCAAACCAGCUUCUGGAGAGUGAGAGAAACAAAUAUCAACGAAAAAGUGCAUUAAUUAGAGAAUGGUGGGUUAAUUUGGGUUCAGGAUUGUCGGAAAAUGGUGGUGUGGGAGUGAAAUGUGAUAGGGGUGGUGGUGGUGGAUGGUGAUGGGGUUGUAUUGAAGAUUUUGAAAAUGCACUUACUUCAGAAUUACACAUGGGUAUAGGGGUAGCCAGUAGGGUGGGGGAAUCUAGGUUGGAAGUACUUGGUACAAUAGCAGCAUAUAGUCAGUAAGAUUAUAUGUUUUUUUGUUUUGAAAAAAGAAAAUAAUUAAUUAUUUUUUUUAGCUAAAUAAAUAACUUGAUGAGGGAGAGGGGGAAGGUUAUAUAUAUGAUAGAGAAAAAAGUUCAGACUUGAGACGCGAGGUUCAACAUAAAAUGAAUAAGCAAUAAACCUUGAUUAAUUGGGGGGUUUGUCUUUAUUUUGUUUCUUUUCCUCUUCAAUAUUUCUUUCGUUGAAUUUUUCCUUUUCUCAAUUUUGUUACUCUUCAAAUGUUUGUCAAUGAUUUUUGUUUCUUUUCCUCUUUCAUUGUACAUUAUCUUGCUUAUUUGAUUAAUUAAUUUGUUAAUUUUUUCUUUUAAUUCUCCUACCUGCUCUCCACAAACUCAGUAGCAAUUCUUCAAAACGUACAAGGGGAGAGAAGAGAAUGUUGGUUAUAGGUUUUGGUUCUAAAAAAAAUGGAAAUGAAGUGUAAAAUUUUGGCUCAGAGAAAUUAAAAUGGGAUGCAAAAGUAGAAAAAUGAAUGGAAGAAAAAAGAAUAAGAAAAUAGGCUUAAAUUGUAGGGACAGUGACCGAACCCCUUUGUGUUCUAACAGGGCCCUUCCAGUAGCAGAAAAUGCCAGCAUCACACAUGGAGUCAUAAACCCUUGAAGGAGGGUCCACCACCAGCAGGGAGGAAUCUUUUGAGGUGUGAGUAAUAACCUCACUCACUGUGUGAAUAUAUUUGAGUCUAAAACACCGCAUACGGUAACUGUAUUGUUUGCAGUGAACACAAAGAUAUGUGCUUCUCUUCAUGAGUGUCAGUACUAAAAAAGCAAUGAAAGGUUCAUCUUCAACAUAGUUUAUCGGUUUGCAUCCCCAGAAAAACACAAAGGGUCCAGAAAAGAGGUAUAUAUAGCGGUCAGUUUUAGAAGUAAUGGAGUGCAUAGAUUAUAUUAUGCUUUUGGUAUAUUUUAUAUGUACGUCUAAGAGAUGCUAUACAAGGGAGGAAUUUUCAAUUGAAAUAGUACAGGUCGGUAUUUUUCAUA